CCCCACUCUUUUACAGUGCUGAUCUGGAUUUAAACGCUGGACAGAUAAAUUGUCAUUUGAGGAGAGUAGCAGGCGAGCCGUUACAAUGGAUACGAACAUGCGCAAAUUUACGGUGAGAAGAUGGUUUUCCGUGUACCUGCGCAGAAAGUCGCGAUCCAAAAGCUCGAGUUUAUGCAAACUAGAGGAUGACAGCAUCUUAAAGGAGUUUGAUAUCAGCCAUCAUGUGAAGGAGGGCUUUGAGAAAGCAGACCCGUCACAAUUUGAGCUGCUCAAGGUGUUGGGUCAGGGCUCCUAUGGAAAGGUGUUCUUGGUUAGAAAAAUCAAAGGUUCAGAUACAGGACAACUCUAUGCCAUGAAGGUCUUAAAAAAAGCAACACUAAAAGUGCGGGACAGAGUGAGAUCGAAAAUGGAGCGAGACAUUCUUGCAGAAGUGAAUCAUCCCUUCAUUGUCAAACUCCACUACGCCUUUCAGACAGAAGGAAAGCUGUACCUUAUAUUGGACUUUCUCAGAGGGGGAGAUCUUUUCACACGCCUCUCAAAAGAGGUAAUGUUUACUGAGGAAGAUGUGAAGUUCUAUUUGGCUGAGUUGGCCUUGGCUUUGGAUCAUCUUCAUAGUCUGGGCAUCAUCUACCGUGAUCUUAAACCAGAGAACAUUCUCCUUGAUGAAGAAGGCCACAUAAAGAUCACAGAUUUUGGCCUGAGCAAAGAGGCAAUCGACCAUGACAAACGAGCGUACUCCUUCUGUGGGACCAUCGAGUACAUGGCCCCAGAGGUGGUCAAUAGACGAGGUCACACUCAAAGUGCUGACUGGUGGUCCUUUGGCGUCUUAAUGUUUGAAAUGCUGACUGGAUCCCUGCCAUUUCAAGGCAAAGACCGCAAAGAGACCAUGGCACUUAUUCUCAAGGCAAAACUCGGCAUGCCGCAGUUCCUCAGCCCAGAAGUCCAGAGUUUACUGCGGGCUCUUUUCAAAAGAAACCCUUCCAAUAGAUUAGGUGCAGGACUUGAUGGAGUGGAAGAAAUCAAGCGGCAUAUAUUUUUUGCUACAAUAGACUGGAAUAAAUUGUACAGACGAGAAAUCAAGCCUCCCUUCAAACCAGCAGUGGGCCGACCAGAGGACACAUUCCACUUUGAUCCUGAGUUUACAUCCCGCACACCGACAGACUCACCCGGUGUUCCACCCAGCGCUAACGCACACCAGCUCUUCCGCGGCUUCAGCUUUGUGGCCUCUAACCUGGGCCAAGAACAGCCACUGGCUGAGACCAAGCAAAACUCUGUGAACCCAAUUGUACAGCAACUUCAUGGCAACAGCAUUCAUUUCACUGACGGCUAUGAGUUGAAGGAGGAUAUCGGCAUUGGAGCGUAUUCGGUCUGCAAACGUUGUGUCCACAGAAUCACCAGUGUGGAGUAUGCUGUCAAAAUCAUUGACAGAGCCAAGAAGGACCCGUCUGAAGAGAUCGAGAUUCUUCUGCGAUACGGCCAGCACCCAAACAUCAUUACUCUGAAGGAUGUCUAUGACGACGGCAAGUUCGUGUAUCUGGUGAUGGAGCUGAUGAGAGGAGGAGAGCUGCUGGACAGGAUCCUGCGGCAGAAGUGCUUCUCAGAGCGCGAGGCCUCAGCUGUGCUCUGCACCAUUACCAAGACUGUGGAGUAUCUGCAUUCACAGGGGGUUGUGCAUCGAGACUUGAAGCCCAGUAACAUGCUGUAUGUCGAUGAAACAGGCGACCCAGAGUCCAUUAGAAUAUGUGAUUUUGGGUUUGCCAAACAGUUAAGGGCUGAAAAUGGUCUGCUCAUGACACCGUGCUACACUGCAAACUUUGUGGCCCCUGAGGUCCUGAAGAAACAGGGAUAUGAUGCUGCCUGCGAUAUCUGGAGCCUGGGAAUCUUACUGUACACCAUGCUGGCAGGUUUCACGCCCUUCGCUAACGGCCCUGACGACACACCAGAAGAGAUCUUGGCUCGCAUUGGCAGUGGGAAAUUUGCCCUGUCAGGAGGCAACUGGGACACGGUGUCUGAUGCAGCCAAGGUCAGCUUCCCUCAGAUUUUUGCUUGUUGGGAUUAGGUCUGGCCAAUACAGUAUA